AUGGCUCCCUUGCUGCUGCUUCCGCGUUGGCUUCCUGCAGCAGGGGGAGCAGCAGCUGCUGCGGGAGGCCGCCGCUGCUUCAGCAGCAGCAGCAGCAGCAGCAGCAGCAGCAGCAAGCACUUCAAACCCUCUGACCUGAGGUCCGCCGUGAGGGGCAAACCCCCGUGCAACUCUCCUUAUCAGAAGCUGCUGCAGCAGCUGGCCAAGGAGAGGCGCAGCAGCAGCGAGCAGCAGCAAGAGCCAGCAGCAGCAGCAGCAGCAGCAGCUGAAGACGGCGCCUCAGCACCAGCUGCUGCUGCUGCUGUUUUUGCUGCCCCGCCAAGCAACUAUGCUAAUGCCAGUCCGUGGCAGCAGCUGAAGGCAGCUCUCGUGCUGCAGCAGCAGCAGCAGCAGCAAGCUCUCCUAGCAGCAACCGGAAGAGGCGCUGCUGCUGCUGCUGCUGCUGCUGCUGCUGCUGCGCUGCCUGCGAAGAAAGGGCAGAGCCCAGCUGCGGCCCUUCUUACUCAGCAAAAGCAGCAGCGGAAGCAGCAGCAGCAGCAGCAGCACCUGGAGCAGCAGCAGCAGCAGCACCUGCAGUCGGCGCUGCUACAGCGGCCCACGGAAAGUGCGCUGCAGCAGCAGAAUACGGACAAGCAGCAGCAGCAGCUGCAGCAGCUGCUGCAGCACGACGCUGCAGUGCAGCAGCAAAAGGGGCACCUAGUCAAGUACAUGUGGAGGAGCCUCAGGAAACACAAACUGAGAAACUUUGAGGCCCUUGCAGAGGAAUUCAAUUCGCGGGGCCUCCCACCAGACGAAGUGACUCUGACUCUGCAGCUCUACGGGCCAGUCGUCAGGCGAGAGCCAGAUCUGGACAAAGGCGUAGACAGCAGCGCCUUGCUGUCUAUGCAGGACCUCAGGGCCCUCUGGGUUGGAGCUACAGUGGACCCGCUGCUGCCAGCAGCAGCUCGGCUCGUGCUGCUGGAGGAGCAGCAGCAAGGGAGGCCCGACGCGGAAGCAGCAGCAACUGCUGCUGCUGCUGCUGACCCUGCUGCUGCUGCGCAGCCAGUAGCACUGGCAGCAACAGCAGCAUAUGUUGCUGCGUCGCUUUCAGACACCACUCUGUUUGCACCCCAGCUAAAGUCUGGGAGAGAGGGGCGAGGCUUCCUGGCCCUCUCGGGCUGCAGCGGCAGAGACACAAAGGCACCCUGGAUGCAGCUGCUGGCGGGAGAACUCAGCAGCAGCAGUGUGGGGCCCCACACUGCUGCUGUGGGGCCCCACACUGCUGCUGUGGGGCCCCACACUUCGACUUUGCGCAUUCCUGGCUGGGACUACUACAGCAGCACGCCGGGGGCCUCGCGGCGUGUCUUGAGGGAAGCAGCAGCAGCAGCGCGAGCAGCAGCAACUCCCGCAGCAGCAGCGCGAGCAGCAGCAGCUCCCGCAGCAGCAGCGGCAGCAGCUGCAGCACCCGCAGCAGCAGCAGCAGGAACUGCAGCAGCAGCACACGAGCCGAGCGAGAUGCAGACCCUUGCUGCAGCGCCGUCGCCAGCAGCGACAGAAGAACCUCCGGCGUCAGCAAAACCAACCGCAGCAGCAGCAGCAGCAGCUCCAGCAGCAGCAGCAACAGCAGCUGCAGCAGCAGCAGCAGCAGCAGCAACAGAGACCAUGCCCAUGAAGGUGUGCCUGCCUGCUGUGCACAUCCUACGUGGCUUUCAGCAGCUGCAGCAGCAGCAACAAGGGCAGUGGCAGCAGCAGCAUGCACAGGGGCAGCAACAGCAACAACAACCGCAAAAUCAAGAACAGCAGCAGCAGCAGCAGCAGCAGCAGCAGCAGCAGCAGCAGCAGCAGCAGCAGCAGCACCUGCAGCUCUUUGGGGUGUAUAAGCCAUUUCUCGUGGCCCUCGUGGGGCUUCAGGCUGGAGAGAAAAGCCCUCGGGAGUUUUACCUGCAAAGAGCAGCAGCAAAUAAGCAGCAGCAGAAUUAA